UUUGUGCUCUGUUUGUUUCUACUACAUAAAAUAAUGAUACCACAUACACGGCUAAAACAAUUAUUAAAAAAAAAGCAAAUUAAACGAAUAACCUAAUAUACUUCUACAGUCUCUCUCAUAUUGCUGGAUCUAUUUUUGUAGAGAUGCAUGCACUAGACUUGUGUGUAAUGUGUAAAUCAACCAAUAAAUUGCUGAUACAGUAAAACAGCAAACAGUCUUUUUAAUCAGUCAAUAUUUCGACUUGUACCUUAUGUAAAUCGCCCAGGGCAGCACUCAUAUCCAGUUGAAAUAUUCAUUAUGUCUUCGACCAGAUGUUCCGUCUCCUUGUAGUUUACUCCAUCUCCUUGCAGUUUACUCAAGCGUUUCCUAUAAACGGUUGAGCAAAGAGGUAUAGACUUAGCUUUUCAGAAAUUUUUAUCGGGAGACUAUUUCCCCUAGAAUUUUUUAGAAUCACCAAGGCUCACUUCCUUAGAACUAUUGUAAGUCUUGUUCGUUGAACUCGUCUCCAGAGUCUCUAGAGUGAUUGUUGGGCUGAAACUCGAUGAGACGAGAAGGAGAAUGGGAACGAGGUAAGAACUUCCUCUUCCACAUCACUGUUCAUCACUGGGAGAUAAAUUGGAGGGAUCUGUUCCCAAAAAGAAGGAUAUUCUAUGAAAAUGGAAGAAUUACAGGCCUUGAGCAAACUUCUCUCUGUGUGGAAUUGAUGAAGCGCCUCAACUUUCAGCGAAAACAAGAUUAUUUGUGCGACAUUAGUUUGGUUUCCAAAGACGACAGUGAGUUAAAGGCUCACACAAAUGUUCUUUCCGCCGCAAGUCCGUUCUUUUUCAAGCUUCUUCAGAGCGACAUGAAGGAGAUUCGAGAAGAGAUUAUUCGAUUUGAGGAGAUCUCAGGAUCUGUUAUGGAAGAUGUUUUGGAAUUCAUCUACACCGGAACUGUGGAAGUAACUCAGGAGAAUGCUAAGGAACUGAUCGCCGCAGGGAAUUAUCUGAUCAUACCGAGCUUGAAAACAGCUUCAGGUUGGUUUUUGGAACGAGAAAUGUCCAACCUUAACUGUAUUUCAACCUUUUACCUCGCUGAGAAAUACGAUUGUGACGAGCUUAUCACCAGCAGCAGGCGUUUUAUUCACGAAAACAUCGUUUCCGUGGCAAAACUGGAUGAAUUUUUGCACCUGGAGGCCAAAGAAAUCGAGAGGUGGAUUUCGUCCGAUGAGAUCACAGUUAAAGAAGAAGCUGAUGUUUUUACAAUCAUUUUAGACUGGGUAAACCAUAAAGAGAGCGAGCGAAAAGCAGCAUUUGAAGAAUUGUUUUGCCACGUUCGACUGGGUUUUCUGUCGCGUGACUGUUUGCAUGAUAUCGUGACAAACGAACUUGUUCGUGACAGUGCUGUCUGUUUAAGGCUAACUGUAGAUGCUACUCUUAAAAUGGUUACUUUUGUUAAUGAAGAUCAUCUCCCGCACUCACCAAGAAAGGGACUUGAUGCACGUGUUCUUGUUACUCGUGGUGGCAAGUACACUUUCUGUUAUAUUCCUGAACAAGACCAGUGGAAGCGUUUACCAGAUAGUGCGAUGGAGUUAAAUGCCCGUACAUCGAAGAUGAUAAAAUUCCGUGAUCAGUUGCUUACCUUCACAAAGUAUGAAGGCGCAGAGAGAUACGAUCCAAUAUUUAACGAUUGGUCAGCCUUUAAAUCGCACGCGGAGUCAUCUAACGUAGCUAUCGUUAAAGGGGAAAUUUAUGCUGUUCAAGUAAACACCACUGACCAGAAAACUACGGUCGUAAAGUACAAUGUAGAGCUGUGUAGAUGGGAGGCAGUUGAUCUCUCGAUUGAUAAAGAUUGUAGAUUGAAUACAUGUGUUGUUGCAGCAGGUAGACACCUGUAUAUGAUUGGUGGGUGGAAAAAUACACAGGAAUAUUUCGCAAAUGGUGAGAGAUUUGACACUGUGGAAAAGAAAUGGGAAGAAAUUGCUGAUAUGCAAGUAGAAAGGGGUGGCGCCUUCGGGAUGGCCACUCGAGAGAAAAUCUACGUCGCUGGAGGGCUAUGUAAAGGACAAAGACUAAAUACUUGCGAGAUGUAUAGUGUAUCAACAAAUGAAUGGCAGUUUUUUCAAAGCCUGAAUUUUGCUCGUUACCAUGGUAGUAUGGUACAGCUGAAUGGAAACCUGUACGUGCUAGGUGGGAUAAGAGAUAGCAAGCAAAGUGAACUAAGUGUUGAAUACUUUGACACAGCUGAGGACAAAUGGAUCCAGAAAACAACCAUACCAGUGGAAAGCAUCUCUACAACAUAUUAUCCGUUCACUGGAUGUGCAAUGAGGCUUUCCAAAGGAGCACUAGACGAACUUUGUACUUUAGAGGUGUAGUCUCCCAGUCACUUUACGACUCUUUAAACCAUCUGGAUUGUAAAAAAUGCUGACUAGCGCUCCCUAAUUGGACGACUGUGCACACUAAUUAAGGACUUGUCAUCAUUUGUCGCCUGGUGGGUAAGGAUGUUUGGCUAUGUCGUGAUAAAAUUUACCUGAUCCCCCAAUAGGCUAUUAAAGAUUCUCCUUCACUGACGUUCAAUUUUCCCCCCAUUUCUUGGCUACGACCAAUCCCCCGUCCAUUUCCACUGGAAACCAUGUGAUCCUCACAAAUUCUCUGACCCAAACCCCCCCCCAGGUUAAGAUAAAUUUUAUCAUGACAAAGCCAAAAAUCUUUACCCCCCAGUUCCUAAGUAGUGUGCACAGUCCUCUAAUGAGGUAGCGCUAGUCAGUAUUUUAUAUUCCUCCUCUUCAUUAAUAGUUUAUUGGCAGUAAAUUUUCUAUUACGAAAAAGUCGACGAUUUCAUAGAAAACUUCAAAAUAUCCGAAUUUCUUGUAUGUUCUUCAGCAUUUUAAACACAAGAACCAUCAUUUGACAUGUUUCGUUUGCCUGUUUCGAUCCUUAUCUAAUAUUACAACUGAUGGUUGGCUGAAAUGACAUCAGAUGAAACUUGUGUUUUAUUUUUAAGACAGUAAGAGUAUCCUUAAAGUUAGCCCAUAUUUCCGAGCAGCUCCCCAAAGCUAGGUUUCGAGCUGUUUUUUCGACCGAUGUUAGCUAUUAUUGUGAAGAACGAAAGACAAAGCUUGUAAUUAACGUUUACAUAACAAUAUCAAGAAAUUUAGCUAGCAAACAAAUGGGUUUUUUGGCAAUUUUAUUGCAACUUUUUAGCAUUCCAGUGAGCAACUUUCCAUGAUUCAAUUCACGAGCACGUACAGUCGGGACACCUUCCCCCUGACGAUCAAUAAUGACUAGUCUUUCAGUGUAAGAUUUGAACCGAGCUCUUUGAAAAAGUUGAACUACCUCAGGUUUAGUCAAAUUCCAUCCAAAAUUCCGUGGACGAUGAGAAGCAAAUGCUUUAAAACCAGGAAUGGAA